GUUCAGUGACGCCUAAGAGCGCUCCGGCUGAGGAUUCUAAGACCUCUUCUUUAAACUGCAAAUCCCAGAAUGCAACCGGAGGCAGUCAAAGCGUCCUCCGAGCAGCGCUAGCAUCCGCUGAAAGGAAAAGCGCUGCUCUUCCACGCCGGGGGCAAUUAAGAGAGCGCUGAGGCCGCGCUGAACUACAAGCCCCAGGAUGCAACAGGGCGGAAGAGCAGCGCCAUGAGAGGGUCGUGGUGGCGCGACUCCACUGAGGGGGAGGACAACUUUUUCCCUCCCCAAGAAACUUGGUUGUUGGGCUCCAGGAAGAGAAAGCAAGAGAGGCCUAGCGAGGAGGGAGGCGGCUGAGGGAGUUGGGCGGGAAGGGCCGAGUUGCCUCGGGGGCGGAAGUGCCCCUUGGCCCGCUUCCUCCCUGCUGCUGAGGUGGGUCGGGGCGAGGGAGCGAGCGAGCGGCCUCCUCUCUCUCUACUAGCCAUGCCUCUCGCGCGCGCCCUCCUCUCUCGCUCUGACGCGGCCAUAUUUGCGGCGGAGGGCGCCGGGGCUGCUGCUCCUCCUCCUCGCCUCGCGCCCUAAACAACCCCCGAGCGGCGCCCUCCUCCUCCUCCUGGCGCUGGGAUUCCGGGGCCUUUGGCCGCCUGCCUGCCUGCGUCCUCCGCCCAUGUCGCUGCUUCUCCUCGGCGGCGGCGGGGGCGGGGGCAUGUCUUACAAGCCCAACUUGAACGCGCCCAUCAGCCAAGCUGGGAGUGUUCACUCUCCUUCCACGAGCAUGGCAGGUUCCGGGCAAUACAGACAGCUUAUAAAUGACUACGGACCUCCGUCUCUAGGCUACACACAAGGAGUGCAGGGCACUGGUAGUAGUCAAGUACCACAGAGCAAGUAUGCAGAACUUUUGGCUAUCAUAGAAGAACUAGGAAAAGAAAUUAGGCCUACUUAUGCGGGAAGUAAAAGUGCCAUGGAAAGGCUAAAACGAGGCAUCAUUCACGCAAGAGGAUUAGUCAGAGAGUGUUUGGCAGAAACUGAGCGGAAUGCAAGAUCCUAGCCCUUUCCCAGCUGCAAGGUUUUCCAUCUCUUUGUUUCAAAAAAAGAAAGAGACACCAGUUCCUUUGGAGAUUACAAAAACUUUCAGACAAACUUCUCAACUGGACUGCUCUACUCCACUUCCCCAUUUUUUAAGAAUGUGGCCAGGGAUCCAAAGAGCUACUUGAUAUGCAUCCAGUAGAUUUUGGGUACCUGGUAGAAAUUUGGGAUCUCCCCCUUCCCUUUUGAACAAAUCUAUCCCAAUGUCCUGUUACAAUCACAGUGGACCUCUGUUUGAGACAGUUCCAAAGGCCCUUGAGCAAAUGGAAAUCAUUUGUACCUUUUUUUAUUUUUGGAUCCUGGACAGUGAAGAACAGGGAAAGUUUGCAACAUUUCAUUUAAAUCGGGACACUCCCUGCAUUCAAUUUGAAGACUGAAAAAGAAAAACCCCUGCAUGUCGUGCCCACCCUGAACUUUCAGUUCUCUUUUUCAGAUCUUGGAACUAUUACUUUUUGGAACACAACUCCCAGAAUCCUCCAAUCCAAGGUCAUGCUUAUUGGAAGAGUCUGGGGGCUGUAGUCUAAAAAAUAAAAUUUCCAAGCUCUGCUUUCUCAUGUUUUCUUCUUUCAACUGGCAAUGUUUCCAUAAUCUAGUAGUUUUUCGGACUGAAUUUGGAGGCCUCUUCAGAAGCUUUCCAGGGCUAUCUUCCUCUCAAGAUCAGUGGUCUUCUCAAUAUUUUAGCCCCAAAGCCCAAAGGGAAGUCCAAAUGUUUGAAGAUUACUUGAAUUCCUGCAUCCACCUUUUUUUUUCUUUUUCCACUUUGCCUUAUAAUUAAAUAAUUCUUAGGAUUUUUUUUAAACAAAAUGUUGAACACAGAGACCACCAGUUGUUUUCCUUUGCUAACAACCUUUUCUAAUUCCUGGAAUUUGAUGCACAGGGCAUAAAUUCCAUUCAGAAAUUAUGCCUCCUCUGAUUUCCUUUUGCAUGACUAUUAUGUGUUUCAGAGUCCACUAAAGCAGCACGAGUUCUACAAAAGCAGCCUAUUCAAACCUGGCACAGGGCCCCAAAGAACUCUAUACCCCACUCCUAGAUUUAAAUGGUAACUUUGCAUCUUUGUAUGUAUUUAUUACUUGAUGUAAUAAAGCUUAUUUUCAGUAACAAUUUGUACUGUUAA